GUAUAAUUGUAAAGAAUAAAGUUUUGUCGGUAUGAUUGUGAGGGAAAUGGGCCGGUUGGGCGACAUGAGAUUUGAGAAGAGGAGUGAAGGACACCCGCAGCAGUGCACAAGUGGUAGCAGCGGAAAAUCGAUCAGCUCCGACACCAAACUUUCAACAAUGGCUAGAAACCGAAGCAUCCGAACCAAAAUCUUCCUCUUCCUCCUCUUUCUCGUCGCCUUCGGAGCUUUCGCGCCCGUCUUCGCUCCCCUCCCCUCUCUCUCCUCCUCUCUCUCUUCCCACCACAAUACCAACAAAGUUAAUGUUCGAAAGUUUAAGAUUGCUGAGGACAUGUUUUGGAAAGACGGUAAACCUUUCCAAAUUAUUGGUGGAGAUUUGCAUUAUUUCCGGGUUCUCCCAGAGUACUGGGAAGAUAGGCUUUUGAGGGCAAAGGCAUUGGGCUUGAAUACCAUUCAGAUUUAUGUUCCCUGGAAUUUGCAUGAACCAAGAAAAGGGCAACUGGUUUUUGAGGGUAUUGCAGAUAUAGUCUCAUUUCUAAAGCUAUGCCAGAAGCUGGAUCUCCUAGUUAUGCUUCGACCUGGACCUUAUAUAUGUGCGGAGUGGGAUUUGGGGGGUUUCCCUGCAUGGUUACUUGCCAUAGAACCAGCUCUUACAUUAAGAUCAUCAGACCCUGCUUUCCUUGACUUGGUUGACAAGUGGUGGGGAAUACUGCUUCCACUGAUGGCCCCUCUUCUUUAUGACAACGGAGGUCCCAUUAUAAUGGUCCAGAUUGAAAAUGAAUAUGGUUCCUAUGGAGAUGACAAAGUUUACCUUCAUCAUCUGGUCACAGUAGCUCGGGGGCAUCUUGGGGAUGACACAAUUUUGUAUACUACAGAUGGAGGUUCAAGGGAAACUCUAGAGAAAGGAACCAUUCAUGGAGAUGCUGUGUUUUCAGCUGUUGACUUCACGACUGGUGAUGAGCCAUGGCCUAUUUUUAAGUUGCAAAAGGAGUUCAAUGCCCUGGGCAAAUCACCACCUCUUUCUGCGGAGUUUUAUACUGGUUGGCUUACUCACUGGGGAGAGAAUAUUGCGAAAACAGAUGCUGAUUUUACAGCAGCUGCCCUGGAAAAGAUUUUGUCAAAGAAUGGGUCAGCUGUGCUUUAUAUGGCGCAUGGUGGAACAAACUUCGGAUUUUAUAGUGGUGCUAAUACUGGUGCAAAUGAGUCUGAUUACAAGCCUGAUCUUACUUCCUAUGAUUAUGAUGCACCUAUUCAGGAAACUGGUGAUGUGGACAAUGCAAAGUUCAAAGCUCUGCGGUCGGUAAUAGAUAAAUACAGUGAAACAUCUCUUCCUUCAGUUCCUUCCAAUAAUGAAAAGACAGGAUAUGGACGUAUCCAGCUACAGAAAACUGCAUUUUUGUUUGAUACACUUAACAUCAAAGAUGCUGUUGGUGUGGCUGAAUUUGAGAGCCCAAUUUCAAUGGAGUCUGCUGGCCAGAUGUUUGGAUUUUCAUUAUAUGUAUCUGAAUAUACUGCAAACGACAAUGGAAACAUUCUGUUCAUACCAGAGGUGCAUGACAGAGCUCAAGUUUUUAUUUCAUGCCCUUCUAAAGAUGAUGCUAAAAGAUCAACAUACAUUGGUAUAAUUGAAAGAUGGUCAAAUAGACCUCUUAGUCUUCCUUAUACUGACUGCCCUUCCAACGUUAGAUUGUUUAUUCUGGUUGAAAACAUGGGUCGCGUGAAUUAUGGGUCAUUCAUAUUUGACAGGAAGGUGUCGGACACGAUACUCUUUGUUCGCAAAAGUGCUCGUGCUUCUUUGAAUGAAGGUUUGGAGAUAGUAGGGCAAAGUCUCGAAACUUCUCAAGGGGAGGUGACUUGCUUAGUGACACAGGAGGGCCAUGAUUUAUAGGAGUAGCCAGACCAUGGAGGCCAGCUUUCUCCAUUUGUGUUAAAGGACAGGUGACUGACCCUACAUGGUCUAAUAUUUUGUUAGUGGAUCAACAAAGGUGGUUAAAAUGGGGAUCCUAUGUAGGAUCGGUGAGAGGGUCUCGUGGAUCAGAUCAAGAAUUGUAAGAUUCUAUUUUGUGUUAAGGGACAGGUGAUUGACCCUACAUGGUCUAAUAUUUUGUUAGUGGAUCAACAAAGGUUGUUAAAAUCGGGAUCCUACGUAGGAUUGGUGAGUGGGUCUCGUGCAUCGGACCAAGAAUUGUAAGAUUCUAUUUUCUUUAAAAAAUAAGGUAAAAAUGCAAAUAAGGAUGAUACAUAUUAAAAAUAAGGUGAAAAAUCUCAAAUCUAGCGAUCCUACUUACGAUCCUGCACAAUUCCAUACUACACGAUCUUACUUGCAAUCCUACUAUAACACCAAUCCUACUAUAACACCAAUCCUACAAUGAUUUGAAUAAUUUUAACAAUUUAGGAUCUGGAUCGCGAUUCUAAUAACCAUGGGAUCAACCCUAACUGAUAUGGAUAUAAUAGAGUCAACAUCUUCUUAGACGCUCAUGUCACAGAAGUAGUGGAGGCGUGCUUCUUGGGUACAUAGAGGUAUGAAACGUGCCAUGUGCCUUUGUCUUUGUUGGGAGAAUGCCUUCUAGUGUUGAUCUCUCUAAAACCAUUUAAGGUGCAAGUCCCCUUAAGGGAGGAUAAGAAGCAUAUACCUUGAUGAACGGUCAACUCUAGCCACCAAAUUACGUACCCUUGAGAUACCACACAUGGAUCACAAGGGAAGGGAGUGCCCAUGCGACCCAUGACCAUACCAUCAACCCUGAAUGAGACCCUGAGCAUUGGUCUUAACGUAGGUGCAAACUUGUUCUGUCCAAUUGAAGGGAGGCCUGAGCAGAAGGAAAAUGCACUUGGGUGGAGAAUUGCUCGACCUGGUUGAGGGUGAAUCCAAGUGCAUCUGGGUGAGCAUAUCUGGUGUGCCUUUCAGAAAUUGUCCCCCUAAGCUUCUAGGUUUGAGACACCCUAUAUGGUAGCCUUGGCUGGGGUGGCUCAACCAUGGAGGGGAGAGUGCUAGAACACGUGGCAGUGUGUCAUUGGGCCAUGUGUCACAUCAGAGGCUAACACAUGUACCUAUACUCUUUUUCAUAUGGUAUUGUGUCUGUCAGGUAAUUAUCUUCUGUAAUUUGUUAAUUGCUGUUAAGAUGCUGCACUUCUAAAUUUCCAUGUCUCGAAAUU